AUGAAAGUUCUACUCACACAUACGCUAGGGCUCACUCUACUCGCACCCGCGCUGGUGCUUGCUUUGCCUCCCUACCCUAACGUUACCAUCCCUUCGGGGCCCUCGCUUUCGGAAAUCGAAGCUACAGCUGCAACAACCCUGCCGGAGUCCCCGGUUUCUAAUGUUCGAGGUCUUGCCUUUGAUCGCUUUUAUCAGCUAUGGAUGGAGAACACAAACUACGAGGACGCGGCAGCCGAUGAAAACAUCACCAACUACUUUGGCGUCACUCACCCUUCGCAACCUAAUUAUUGCGCAUCGGUCGGUGGCGACACGUGGGGAAUGGACCACGACAGCUUGAUCGACAUGCCUGCCAACAUUUCCACAAUUGUUGAUCUUCUUGACACCAAAGAUAUCUCAUGGGGAGAGUACCAGGAACACUUGCCCUACGCCGGUUUCCAAGGAUUCAACUACUCCAAUCAGGCCACCUUGCGUGACGAUUAUGCUCGCAGGCACAACCCCCUCAUAAACUUUCGCUCAGUCACCAAUAACGAAACACGCGCGCGCCAGAUCAAAAGCUUCACAGACUUUCAGGAUGAUUUAGCUAAUAAGACGCUGCCGCAGUGGGCUUUCAUCACGCCUAAUGUUACCAACGAUGCGCAUGACACCAACAUUACCUUUGGCGCGAAAUGGGAGCGUGGCUGGAUAUCUGAUCUCUUAAAAAACCCAUACUUCAUGAACAACACGCUGGUGCUGUUGACGUUUGAUGAAGAUGCGUAUCUCGAAAACAACAGGGUCUUCAGUGUGCUUGUUGGUGGCGCAAUUCCAGAUCAUCUGAGAGGAACCAAGGACGAUACGUUCUAUACCCACUACUCAAGCAUUGCUACUGUUUCUGCCAACUGGGGUCUUCCAUCCUUAGGCCGCUGGGACUGCGGGGCCAAAAUCUUCGAGAUUGUGUCCAACAAGACUGGCUACGUCAACUAUGAAGUUGAUACCACCCAUUUGCUUCUAAAUCAGACAUACCCUGGUCCUGCAGCCAUCGGCUGGAUCGGAAAAUAUUCACCCGUGUGGCCAAUUCCUAUCACGGAUGCUCAAUGCUCAGCCGGCCAUGGUGUUCUUGGUUCCGUCAAAAGUUUUUAUGGUAGCCUUCCCCCGACAUAUAACUACACCAGUCCGUACCCCAUGGAUGCCAAAAGCAACUACAACAUGAAUGCCACUGCUGUUCGCACUUCCAACACCACAACGGGGGCCGGCGUGACCGCCGUGAGCGCAGGGAUGGCUGUCACAGCCCCCAGUUCUGUGAUUAUCACAUUGACUUUAGGAGGCUUUCUUUUCUGUCUUGUUUAA